CAAAACAUUUCAUAUUUGCACAUCUGGUUAGCGUCUUGGAUUUCUUUCGAGUUUUUGCAUGAUAUAUUUGCAAAAUAGGAUAGUAUUUCGCUGAAAUGAUAAAAUUAACGCGAAGCUUCAAAAUGUUGGACGGUCUGCUACUAUCAAAAUGAGAGCUGUAACAUGAAUGGAUCGUUGUUGAUCUUGUAAUAAUUCUCGUUACACAUAUCAGCGAGACGGUUCUGAUUGGAAUGUGGCAUGGAUUGUUUAUCUAACUGGUGAUUAUGGCUGAAAACGAUUUUCCAGGCCGCUUGUUGCACCAAGCGUGCGUAUGGGAAAACGCGGAAUUGCUGGAGGAUUUAUUGAAGAACGGUGAAGAAGCAAAAAAUAUUGAUUCCGAGGAUAGGUACGGGAGAACGCCACUGCAUGCUGCAGCCAAAAGUGGGAAUCUCUCCUUGGUCGGAGUGCUGCUGAACGCUGGGGCCGAUCCUAAUGUGCAAAGUUCAAUUCGGGCCGGCGCGGAGACUCCGCUGCACAUUGCGGCCUACCACGGUCGACUGGAAGCCGUGGCUUGUUUGUUAAGUUCGGGUGCUUCGGUCCAUACGAAAAAUUCUCGUGCCCAGACACCGCUGGAUGUGGCUAUGGAGCGGCGUCAACGGGAUUGCGUGGAAAUGCUGCGAAUCUAUCAAGAAGCGAAAGCGGAAAGGCUUGCGGUUGCGCAAAAGGAAUUUCUGGAAGCCUUUGGUCGUGAUGACAUUAUAAGGAUGGAAACGAUUUUGGAAGCCACAAAGUCCGAUUCGUCCACCCUCGUGAAUUCGAUUGUAGUUGACGGUGUACCAUUGUUGACCAGGGCUGUUAUGAAGAAUAACGCGGAAGUGGUAAAACUGCUCCUGAAAAGCGGUGCCGAUGCGAAUAUUGAAACAGCGGAAGGGUCUGCUUUGUAUGAAGCAGUUUUUCGUGGGAAUUCCGACAUAGCGGAGAUGCUGAUUGAGCGUGCUCCUGGACUGGUGUCGAAACCCAACGGUCUUGGAUGGUUACCCCUGCAUGUUGCCAUUAACUUGCAGCAUCGGUCUAUAGUGGAUCUGCUACUGAACAGCCCGCUGCCGGAUGACAUUAUGCAGCCCUAUCUGGAUAUAUCGAUGACUUGGAAUUACCGGAUGGGAUUCGAUAUCAACGCCCUGACUGCCGAUAAUCAGAGCCCGCUGUACCUCGCAGUGGAAACCGGAAAUAUACGGCUGGUAGAGCAGCUGAUCGCCAAAAAAGUCCCAGCAUGGAACGAAAAAGGGGAAACCAAAGAUUUUAGUCCGUUACACUUGGAUCUGGUCAACUACAAUGGCGAAACCGCUCUGUAUGCGGCUAUAAAGGCGAAGCACAGCGCGAUAGUGAAACUGCUGUUGGAGCGAGGCGCUGAUCCCAACCUUGCGCUGAAUGUUGGAAAUCCGGUACAAAAAACCAACGUACUGGCGGCUGCUGUGAGGAACUGUGAUACAAAUAUGGCGGAGGUAUUGAUGGCUGCGAAAGCAGAAGACAAAGGCUGUUGUGCACUAAGUACCGCGGCGAAAACCGAUGUGGAAACUGCGUUACUCGUGAAAAUGUUGGCACUCCAUGCGCAUCGAGACACGGAAUUUAAGAUUAACAAGAAGCUCAUGGAGCUGGCUUCCGCGAAAGGCAUCAAGCCGCUAUCGGGCGCGAGCGGUGCCAUGACGUACAGCACGAUUUUUCCCACCGUCCCCGUGGCCAUUAUAUGGCAGAAUGCCACCGGACUGGAUCGUUUUGAUGAGGCGUGGUUACUGCAUUCAGCCAUCGCCCUGAACCCGAAGAUUGUUGGACGGAUGGGGCUAUUUGCCAUUACUAAACUGGAUGUCUCCUAUGGUGAUAUAGAGGAACUGCCUACUUGUGUCUUUCGUCUGCAGAGUUUACGCACCCUUAAUGCAUCGAAUAAUCGCAUCUGCCGCUUUCAGCCCUUGGAUCUGUGUAGAAAUUCUUCCGCUUGCCAGUGCCCCGUGUUACAGGAUGUGAAUCUCUCCCACAAUGAUCUGACCGUUGCUCCUGAUGAUCUCUUCUACUUCCCGUCCCUUUCCCACCUGGAUCUCUCCCACAAUUCCAUUACCACGCUGCCCUUUGCGAUGUGGCAGGCGCCCGCGUUGAAAGAUCUGAAUUUGAGCAAUAAUAUGCUGGAAGCGCUGCCGAUUAAAUCCGACAAAUCUCUGCCCUUUGCGGAACGGUCCACCUCCAUCAUGGAAAGAUUGUCGUCCGAUGCUAGUUUAAAUGAUUCUUCCUUGUCGCCGGCUGUGAUGGUUCAACCCGUGCAUCGCAAUAAUUUAUGGAGUUCACGGCUAAUUGUCGAGGCGGUAAAAAGUGUCGAAGUGCGCAGCGACAAGCAGGAAUUGGCAUUAAAGAUUUUGAAUCUGGCACAUAACGCAUUGUCCAGUAUUCCGUUGGGACUAUGUUGUUUGGCGCCCAACCUGGCCAAGCUAGUAGUGUCCGGCAAUGCUUUAGAAACAAUGGGUAUUAUUCAAGAUUAUCCAGCUGGUUUGAAACAUUUGGAUGCAUCGAAUAACCAUCUGGAAGUGUCACUACGUCCAGGAACUGCGGAUGAAAUGGAUAAUGUUUGUUACUUCGAGGACAGCAGCUGGCACAAAGGCAAACGCGUCGUUUCAUUGUUGAGUGACGUAACAUGCACCCACCGGAAACACUGGAAAUUGGAAAAUCUGCGGACUCUAACAGUAGCCAAAAACCGGUUAAUGGAGUUCGAAGUGGCCGGUGGCCCGCCUGUGAAACGUGGCAGCCGAUCCUCAUCAGGAUCUGGUGGUCUUUUGGAUAACUUUUCCAGUUCCGGUACAUCCCUUUUGUAUCCUAAUCUGUCAGUACUGGAUUUGAGCGACAAUAAGUUGUUCGAAUUGCCGGAAGCCUUGUCGAAUAUGACCAAUCUUUCCGUGUUGAAUUUCGAGGGAAAUCGGGAUAUUGCCGAUAUUCCACCACAGUUGGGAUUGCUUUCGAAGUUGUGGACGCUUAAUGCUAAUGGAUGCAAUUUAGCGGAUCCGUUAAAAUCCAUGUUCGAGAGCAAGCAGUAUAAAAGUGCAGAUAUCCUGGGUUAUCUCAAAUCUCUGCUGGAAAACUGUCAGCCAUAUACCCGAAUGAAAUUGAUGGUGGUAGGAUUAGAAAACAAAGGAAAGACCAGUUUAUUGCGAGCGUUGAAAUCCGAAGAAUCGCACCGGAAAUCGCGAUCCAGUGAGUCGAACUGGACGCAGCGAAUGGGCCACCGAGGUGAUCGGAAAGGUGGUAUACAGAUGUCCACGGUGGGUAUCGAUCUAGGCGAAUGGACCUGCAGUGAUGGUCAACAUGAAGUGACGUUUCGAACGUGGGAUUUUGCCGGCCAACGGGAGUAUUACGCGACACAUCAAUAUUUUCUCUCCCGACGGUCGCUAUACCUGGUUGUCUGGAAUAUGUUAGAUGGGAUUAGUGGAAUCAACGAAGUUACUCAGUGGCUCGUUAAUAUCCAGGCACGUGCCCCCAGUUCGCCCGUAAUCAUUGUCGGCACCCAUUUGGAUGAAGUGAAAGGCGCCAAGUUUUCUCCCGGACACGUGGAGAAUCUGAAAAGCGAGGUCCGACAGCGCUUCAUGGGUGUCAUUGAUGCCGACAAGCAUGGUCUACCGCGGGUAGUUAAUUGCGUGGAGAUCAGCUGUAAAACAAAGCAGAAUGUUUCCCAGUUGGCCAAGAUUAUUGUGGAGACAGCGUGGGAUCUACGGCAACCGGGGACGAAUAAACGUUUAAUGGAACAACAGAUUCCGGCCAUUUAUAUCGCUCUUGAGGAUUUGGUGUCGGCCUUGGCGUUUGAAUAUCGCGAAAGUGGCCAGCAUCCCGUGGUCAGCACGGAAUAUUUCAGAGCAAUUGUGGCACAUGAACUGCACGAGCGCUUCAGUAUGACAUUUCGCGAUUCCUCGGAACUGCGUCAGGCUGUGAUGUUUCUGCAUGAUAAUGGAAUUCUCCUUCACUAUGAAGACAGUUCCGGUCUGCGCGAUUUAUACUUCAUCGAUCCGCAAUGGUUGUGCGAUACGCUGGCCACCGUUAUCACCAUUCGGGAAAUUAAUCCCUUUGUCAGGAAAGGUGUCAUGAAAAUCGACGAUUUGAAAGUGCUGUUCAAACCAUCCAAAUACGCGUUGGUGGAUGUGCAUACGUACAUCCUUAGUCUGCUGAAUAAAUUCGAGGUGGCUUUGAAAUUGGACGCUCGGACGCUAUUGAUACCAUGUUUAUUGCCGGUAAAAAGUCGCGCUAAUGGGGAUCGGGACGUGCCGCUAAAGAUUGAAAUUAAGAGUUCAGGUCGGAAUUGGAUCCAUUUUAAGCCGUUUUUGGAUAGCCCGGAGGAACCACCGGUGAAAGUGGAAGGAGUGACGGUUGAUAAGGGCCUGCAGAUUCGAAGGUACUACCCUUGCAGGUACUACACUAUGUUAUACUUUCCCAGUGGAUUUUGGGCCCGCUUGAUAUCCCGUCUGGUAUCCGAUGAGAAAUUCUUUCGCGAUGUGCGGAACUAUUAUUUAGACGAAAACCAGUCCAACCUUACGGUGGAAUGGCUGUGCUGGCAGAACGCUAUGGAAUUGUGCUACGGCGAUCAUUCCGUCCUGCGCAUCCGCGAAAUCCCGUCAUCGAGAUCCUUCUUGCCGUUCGUCCAUUUGUGUCAUGACCGGGAGACAUCGUGGAAGCACCUGCAUUUGGAUAACAAGGCGGUGAUGGAGAUCUCACUGUUGGUGUACCGCAAGAACGACAUGGUCAUCACCAAUCUGCCCAGUGUGUCCAUGCUGCUAAACCGCUGUGUCAAUCACAUUGAUUCACUGCUGGAAGACUGGUAUCCCAGUUUGGGAACGCGGUUCAUCCAUACAUCGACGGGACAGUAUUUGGUGACCAAAUUCAUUCCGUGUCCGCAGUGCGUCGCGGCGUGGAAAGGACAAGCGGAUGUGGAGAGUGAGAAAGUUGUGCGGGCGUUUUCUGUCGAACAGAUUAUCUACAAAAGUGUAACGGGAUGCCUGGAAGUGGUCUGUGCGGAGCAUGGGAACGUGAAGAUAGCCGAUAUUGCUCCAGAAACCAUGUUUCUGGAUCUGCCUCCGGAUAAACUGAUGUUUCCUGGUGAUUUGAAGCGCGGCCGGAUAUUGGGAAGGGGAGCAUUUGGAUUCGUAUACCGCGCCACGGUUAAACCAAAUGCCAACCGUGUUUCCCAGGAUGUCGCCAUCAAGAUGCUCCUUCCCGUGGAUCCCGGCUUCAACGCCGAAGCGUCCGUGGUCAGUGCCUACAAGAGUGUCAUGCAGCAGUGGGAACACGAACCGGUUCAGUCCUACUGCAAAGCAUAUUGGACUGCUCGCCAGGAGUUGUCCAUUUUGACCACUUUGAGUCAUCAUCACAUUGUAGGAUUGGUGGGAUUGUGUCUGCAGCCGUUGGGCAUCGUGCUGCAGUUGGCACCGAAAGGCUCCUUGUUGGAUCAUGUGAAAAGUCUCCGGCAAAAUAACGAACAGAUGCCGGCAUUGACGGUGCAGAUGAUCUGCAUACAGAUCACGAAAGCGCUGGAAUAUCUGCACGGAUUUAGGAUAAUUUACCGGGAUUUGAAGUCUGAUAAUGUUCUUGUAUGGAGUUUGGAUAAGAAAGUGUUGGUAAAGUUAACGGAUUAUGGCAUUUCUCGAGUGGUGACAGCGGCCAGUACAACUAAAGGUUUUGCCGGAACUGAAGCGUAUAUUGCACCGGAAAUUAUUCAGUAUGGAGGUGAAGAGGAGUAUAAUGAAGGGGUUGACAUCUUCUCCUUUGGUAUGCUGAUGUAUGAGCUGCUUACCCUUCAUCAGCCAUUCGAAGGGCAAGAUCAGAUCAAGGACUUUGUCCUGGACGGUGGACGGCCGGCCGUGGUGGCCUGGACGCUGCAGUAUCCCUCGCUGAUGUUGGAUUUGUUGGUGGUGGCCUGGUCACAGCUGUCACGGGAUCGUCCGACCGCCAGCCAAGCUUUAUCCAUCUGCAAUACACCAGAGUAUGGCCAUCUGCAGGAUGUGGCCGUGUUGGAGGAUGUCAGCCUGAAUAUUGCCGUCGGGGGCGUUGUCAGUGUGCCGGAUGGGGUGGGCAUCGUGCUGGCCGAUGGGAGUGUUAAUAUCGUUUCGGCGACGGGAUACAAGUGGCUGGAUUGCAAGACGACAUCGUUGCCGUCAUCGGAUGCCGUGACGAAUUGCCUUGUCACACACGAAUUUGUAUGGGUUUUACGCGGGAAAGAUGUUUCAGUAUUCUGUGCGAAAACAUUGGAUUUAACCGAGACAUUCCGGAUAUCCUUUGGUGGACCAUUGCAAGAGGCUGACAUCGACGCCUGGGUGUACGUUCCCGAUCGUCAACGUGUGGUCAUAUCCUUGGCGUCCAAACGGCUUUUGGUUAUGAACGUCCAUGCCUCGCUGCGGAAGAAUAAACUGGUGGAAGCGUUUUGUUCGGUAACGCUGCGGUUGAACUGCUUAUGUGCCGCCGGGAAGGAUAUGGUAGUCGGCGGUGGGGAAUCGGGACAGAUGAUGAUCAUCAAUGUUCGGGAUGAAGGCAUUGCGGAAGACUGCAUUGUGGACCAUGUCAGUGGGGAGAAGAAGGUGGCCGAUGUGAUGGCCAACUGGAAAGAGGGUCUGGCGUGGACGUAUCUGGAAGACGAUGCUACCUUGUUCUGUUGGGCGCUGCUGAAGCCGCGCAUCGUGCACAAACUGGACUGUGAUCGGUUGAUUCCGGUGUCGGAGAGCCUGAACUCCAUUGUGAUUGAGGAGACGCAGCGGGACGAGACCAAACGCACUUUAUGCUGUAUGACAUACUGGGAGGGACUGGUGUAUGUGGGGACGGUGUGGGGCAGCCUUAUUAUCGUCAAGGGCGACACCCUGGCCCCGCUGACCAUCAUCCGACCGCACGUCGACCGGGUGGUGGGGCUGGGCGUUUUAAAGAGUCCGGACGGUGCCCGGCUGGUCAGUGUGGGACGCGGGUAUCGCGAUGUGGUCGGGCGGUUCUUUCCGCACGAUAACGUCCGGAUGAACGUCAGUCCCAUGACGCUGUGUGCCGUCAUGUGGCGGAUGGGGGAGUGGGCGUUGUUGUGAGAUUUCGAAGUGAAAAAAAGAGGUUCUUGUUUUGUUUUAAAGUGGUUAAUUGGGGACCUGUGUGAGCAUUUACUGAUCAGUAUCCUGUGUAACUGGAGAAAAUUUUACUGUUCUAAUGUAUUAGUGUGAUUUCGGUUUGUGGUGGAAUUGGAAAAUUUUUCUGUUUUAAUAGUAAUUUAUUUAUGGUGAAGAAAUUUUUGCGCUUGGUUUGAAUUGUUUUUCAUUAUGGCCCGUAUGGUGCUGCAUCGCUAUAUGCACUUGCUUUAAAGAUUUAUUUGUGUGCAUCAAAUAAAACAGUUUCUCGGCGAUGUCGCAGCGUGAGAUCUGCGGCUUAAUAAUUAAAAAAAACGAAAUUUU